GUUUGAUACAAAGUAGGACGUCAUUUCUUAUUGAUGGGUUGCCAUCUUGCCAGAAGGUGAAUAUUUCUCUCGUGACUAUGUGUGAAGCAGCUGAGGUGAAGAAAAGUGCGGAGAUCUUUGUGGUGGCCAAUACAGCUCCAGUGAAGUUUGUCAAAGUUACUCAGACGGCUGGUUCCACUGAUGGCUACACUGUGUCCUGGUCAGUGACGGGCGAUCCAGCGAAAAUCCUCUUCUACAUCUACAAAAAUGGAACCCUGCAUCGUACCCAGAAACAGACAGAGUACGUUUCAACUGGCCUCAAACCUUGUACCCUGGAGACGUUAACACUGAAGGCGGUUUGUGGGACUGGUGCAGUGGCUGACAUGAGAACAAUCACCGUGGCAACAGCGCCAGAGGUAAUCACUAACCUGUCCUACCAGCACACUGUUGACGGAGGCUUUUUCUCCUGGAAUUCCCCACCAGUAUUUCAUGGGAUUCAUAUCCGUAUUGACAACAGAGUAAUGGCUUUCACCAGGAAGAAUUAUUACCGAGCGUUGGGUUUGAACACCUGCACUCAAUAUCAAUAUGUGUUUGAAGCAGCCUGUGGACGCUGGAGGAGUAAAGCUGUCACCAGGGUUGAGUUCACAGAUUCUACAGUUCCUGCAUUCUGGACAAUUCUCUGAUGCGGAAGUAGAGAUGUUGUAUCUGGUGAAAAGCAACAACAUGGUUGAGAUGAAUGUAGCAGUAGCUGCCCAACUCAGUAAUAAAACUUUCUCAAGUCUCAUAAGCCUUCAGACUGACUUGAAUGAUUCUAACGUGUCGACCAUGGGCAGUGCACUCUUCUGGAAUGAUGAGGAUGAAUGUGCAAAUGCUACUAUUAAUGACUGCCCAGUGGAAUCAGACUGCAUCAAUACUUUUGAUUCAUUCACGUGCAUCUGUCACCAAGGAUACUUUGAAACCACUGAUCCAGGGAGAGCUUGUAGAGAUAAAUGAGACACACAAAAUAUUUAAGCACGUCAUCACUAAUGAGUUCCGUUCUGAUUCUUCCAUAAUCAGAGAAGAGCCACUAAUAUUUGAAGUGAACUGUGCCUAUUUACGUAGCUCCUUAGUGAAAAUGUCCCUGGAAGUGCCCCCACUCAUCAGGAUGUUUAAGCCCGUAGUGCAGUACAAUAAGGAGAACCUCCAUCUCACUAUGUCUCUCUACAAGAAUGGUACUUUCACACCCGAGGCAGCUUAUGGAGCAAGUCCAGCUAUGUGGCUUAAUGAUGACCUCUAUUUGGAGGUCAAAGCACCCGGGAGCUUUGAGGCUGCGUUUGUUCUGCAAGUAACUUCCUGCUGGGCUACAACAACCCCUGAUCCUCAAGGGAAGCAAAAGUUCCACUUCCUUCAAGAUGGCUGUCCUCAUGAUGAAACUUUCCGAUGGCAUUCUGUAAACGGUGCUUCCAGCAGUAGUCGAUUUUCCAUAAAAAUGUUUAAUUUUGUCGAACGGGCAAACCAUCGUAUCUAUCUCCAUUGUCAGACCAAGAUCUGCCAUAUUGGGACUGCUGAUUGCUUAGCGGAAUGUGCGGACGCCCAGAUUCCCAAAAGGCUGGAAUGGGAUGUAUUAGCAACAGCCUCCAAGCCUGUGAAUGGGAUUGUCUCUAUAGGACCUAUAGAGCUGUGGAGCGUGAUUGAAGGUGUGCUGAUCGAUUUGGGACAUGCAACAACAAACUGGGAAGACCUGAAAGUACUGCUCUGGGCAGCUGGUGGGAUAAUAGGAACAACACUGAUGGUGGUGGUUGUGGUUGUUGUAAAGAAAAAGAUUAUGAUUUACAACACACUGUCUCAGCACUCGAACAACAGGCAACUUAACCUUUAAAAAAGAAGCUAGGAGAACUUCACAGAUUCAGAUAUGCACCGAGAGCCAUGUGUAUUAUAAUAAAGGAGAAUUCAUUAUGCUUUC